AUGUGGCUGAUGGACAGAGUGACGGGGGUCAUCAUGUGGGGAAAUAUGAGUGUGGUCCUGCUGAUGCUGUGCCAGCUCCUGUGCCUGGUUCUAUUGUCCUCCGUCCAUGAAAACACAACCAUGGGGAAGAUCAUAUUUUAUGAAGACAGGAACUUCCAGGGCCGCUCUCACGAGUGCAGCAGCGACUGCGCCGAUCUGCACAGCUACUUCAACAAAUGCAACUCCAUCCGGGUGGAGAGCGGCUGCUUCGUGGUCUACGAGAGGCCCAACUUCCUGGGGAACCAGUACUACCUGAGGAGGGGCGAGUACUCCGACAACCAGCGCACCAUCGGCAUUAACGACUGCGUCCGGUCGUGCCGUCUCAUCCCUCAGCACCGGGGUUCCUACCGGGUGAGGCUCUACGAGCGUGCCGACAUGUCCGGACAGAUGCACGAGCUGGUGGACGACUGUCCCAACAUCCAGGACCGCCUGAGCGUCUCCGACUUUAACUCCUGCAACGUGAUGGACGGCCACUGGCUGCUGUACGAGCAGCCCAACUACAAGGGCCGCGUGUACUACCUGAGGCCCGGAGAGUACCGCCGCUACAGCGACUGGGGCGGCGCCACGUCCAAGGUGGGCUCCAUCCGCAGGAUCCUGGACAGCAACUGA